AUGCAUUUAAAAGACACCCAGAAGCUCGGCUGGAAGGAAAUCGCCUCCCACUUCGUCAACCGCACCCCAAACGCAUGUCAAUUCAGAUGGCGGCGGUUGAAGCUGGGCAACUUGAAGAACCCUCCCAAGCUGGCAGCCGCGUUGGGCAGCGCCAUCCCCAAACUCGAAACGCCACCGAAGCCGCCCAAGAAAAAGCUGGCGACGCCCACGAGCAAAACUCCCGUGGCAAAGGACUACGGGUUCAAUCCCAUACCCAACCCGCCUCCGUUUACCGGACUCGACAACUCGCUCACCAAUGCUUUAGCUGGCUUAAACGCAUUGCUGAACUCGCCACUUCCUGCGGCGCUGGCAACUCUGCCACCGCUGGGAGUGCACACCCCGAUGCUGGGCGCCGGUGGCACGCCGCUGUCGCCUCGUCGCGACUCGGUGCUGGCACCUACUACCCCUAAACCCCCGCCGACCACGACUGAAAACUACGAGGCCACUCUGAGCCCGCUGGAUGUGCCCUUAGACCCGCAAGCGCACGCCAGCGCUGCCCUGACCGCAGGGGGCGGUUACUAUGCUGACGUCCUGGUAGACCCGACCAUGAAUCUCCCCCAUAAUCAACCGGGACCGGUCCAGGCCGGAACAUACAUCCACACCCCGAGAAACUCUGCCGGGAGUGUACAGCACCCGCCGCCGCCUAAUAUGCACAAUAACUCGGUGAUAGCCAUUGCCCGUGAUGAACAUGAUCGUCAACUGGUGCUGCUGCUGAGAAUUCUGGUGCUGUCACUUCCAUCAAAGCUGAUGAACAUUCCCCACCAUCCCAGUGUGCUGGGACCAUUGGCGCACUUACCGGUGCUCUUUGGACGGGAUUCCGUCAGUGGCCCCCUGCGCCUGGGUAGUAUUAGCGGCCCUCCUGGCAUUCAGCCGACGAUAGCUAGCUUGCGACAAGGUCUGGUCGUAAACCCCCUGGGUGGCGGCUAUUUUCUGCGUAGUGGCUCGGUGGUCAUUCCGUUCAACGCUGACAAAAAGGAGGAAGAAACUCUCAAAGCGGAAGCGAAAAAAUUGGAAGCUGCCCGUGAUCGUCUGCGGCCUAAUCACCGGGAUCGUACAAACAAACCGCCACUGAAGGCACUGGUACCCGUGUUCAAGCUUCCAUGGACGAUGGAGGAAGACGAGCUUCUCAUUAAUCGACGUAACCGUGAGCUCCUGUUCGCCGAGUUACUGAUACUUUUGCCGCAACGUACUGAAGGAGAAAUUUGGCUGCGAAUUGACCAUCUCGAGAAGAUUAAAAACGGUGAUCGCGCGCUGACAUCUCGGGAGCGGCGCCGGCGCCAAAGUCUGAUCGGGUUGGACGAUGUGGACGACUUCUACGAUGAGAUGAUGGGAGGCAUUGACGUGCUGGAUGACGAUGAUGAUGACGAAGACGUGUUGGUUGAGGUGGAUGAGCUGAUCGCCAUGGCCCGCCGGCGAGCUGCGGCGCUGCGUAAGCGUCGGGCACUGCUGGCAGUCAACCCCUUGGCGGUGAGCGAGUCAUUUCGCAAGCGGCCUAAGUAA